UACGAUAAAAACUUAUUUUUGCAGAUAUUUAUCAUAAUACUUUGGAUCACCUGCACAGGAACAAAAAGUGUACGACUUCCAAACUAUGCCUAUAAGGAGUCUUUAGAAACUAUUGAAUAUGUUUCAAGAUGCCCUUCAAAUACACAAGAAUACAUGGAAGCGGCUUUGCGAAAAAAAUGCACUCAACACACAGAAGAAUGCAGAUCCUUUGAAUACCACUGUGUUAUGAAUGAACGAAUGUCUGGACUUCUGGAAGUGUGCGCACCUUUUCGUAUCAUUCUAUCGGGGAAAUGCACCGAUUUUAAUAUUGGACUCCAGAGCAUUCGCAAGAGCUACACAGCUGACUGUACAAAUUUAAACAAUCCAUGUCCCACCUCAUACAACUCAACCAAAUCUUACUUGUACCCCGGUUGUUAUCAAAUGAUCACAGCCACGACAAUGAGCACGGCAGAGACAACUGCAAGAAAUAAUACAAAUAGUACAAGAACAGAAGAUUGUGUCGGACCAGUAGGUCAACGAUCUGGGAAAGAAGUGGCUGUGUUAGAGAAAAGUGAAAUUAUAGCUAUUUCGAUAAGUAUAAUUUUAGUUGUAGGAGUUGGGAUUGGAGUUUUCCUUUGGAGAUUAAAACAAAAUGGAAAUUUAAGAAACAUUGAGAAGAAACAGUAUUCUGAAGUUCAACAGGAAAACACCGUAUGAGACGUGAUUACAUCAGGCAAAAACAAGCCUUAUUG